UUCAACACACCCAGUCAUUUCUUGGACCCUCUAGUCCAGCCACACACGCUCUCUCUAAAUCCUCGUUUUUCCCAGCCCCUGAAAGCCACUUACACUCCACUCGAACACCGUCGCGAGCUCUACUAGAUAGCGCGCAACACCAUGGCGGACAGCGCGAGCGAGAGCGACACGGACGGCGCGGGCAGCAGCAGCAGCUCCGCCACCCCGCAGUCCUCCGCCGCCGUCUCCAACACCACUACAACCACCACGAACACCGCCACCAAAGCGCAGGGCGUCGUGAUCUCGCAGUCCCGCUUGGAGGAGCUGACGAACCGUCUCGCGUCGCUGCAGCAGGAGAACAAAGUGCUGAAGAUCGAGCUCGAGACAUUCAAGCUGAAGUGCAAAGCGCUGCAGGAGGAGAACCGCGACCUGCGAAAAGCCAGCGUCACCAUCCAAGCGCGGGCCGAACAGGAAGAGGAGUUCAUCUCCAACACCUUGUUUAAGAAGAUUCAGGCUCUGCAAAAGGAGAAGGAGACGCUCGCUGUCAACUAUGAGAAAGAAGAGGAGUUCCUCACCAAUGACUUGUCCAGGAAACUCAUGCAGCUUCAGCAUGAAAAGGCAGAGUUGGAACAGCACUUGGAGCAAGAGCAAGAGUUCCAGGUCAAUAAACUGAUGAAGAAGAUUAAAAAGCUGGAGAAUGACACCAUCUCCAAGCAGCUCACUCUAGAACAGCUCCGGCGUGAGAAGAUUGAUCUGGAAAACACUCUGGAACAAGAGCAGGAGGCACUUGUCAACCGGCUCUGGAAACGCAUGGACAAACUUGAGGCAGAGAAAAGGAUUCUUCAAGAGAAGCUUGACCAGCCAGUGUCUGCCCCGUCCUCUCCACAGGAGGUUUCCAUGGAGAUUGACUCUCCCGAGAACAUGAUGCGGCACAUCCGCUUCCUUAAGAGUGAAGUAGAGAGGCUGAAACGCAGCCUCCGCACUACAGAACUACAGCACACAGAGAAACGGGCUCAGUACAUAGAGGAGGAAAGGCAGAUGAGGGAAGAAAACAUUCGUCUUCAGAGGAAACUUCAGAGAGAGAUGGAGAGAAGGGAGGCGUUGUGCAGACAGCUGUCAGAGAGUGAGAGCAGCCUUGAGAUGGAUGAUGAGAGAUAUUUUAAUGAGAUGUCUGCUCAAGGGCUGAGAGCUCGUACGGUGUCCAGCCCGAUCCCCUACACCCCGUCUCCCUCCUCCAGCCGCCCCAUCUCUCCGGGUUUGUCGUACGCGAGUCACACGGUUGGUUUCACUCCUCCAGCCACGCUGAGCCGAGCUCCACUCCCCCACUACACGUCUCCUGGGCUGCACAUCCACCCAGGACCCUCACACGCUGUACAGAGGCCAUCCCCAAGGAGAAGUACCAGCCCAGAUAAGUUCAAGCGUCCGACACCACCUCCCUCCCCCAACACACACUCUGGGGCACAGCACCCUCCUCCACCGCCGCCCACACAGCCGCUGGUUCAUUCCGGCUCCUCCCACUCUGUGACAUCACAGAAUCCAUCCUCUCAGCCUUAAUGCAUGCACCAUGCGCUACCUUAAGCUAGGCUACUCCAAGCUAGGUGACACUACUACUACAAUGACAACAACUCCUCCACUGGGCAAAGGUUGGGGAUUUGAGUGGAUUGAAGUUGUGAAUUUGAGGACUGGGACAGUUGAACUAAAGAACUUGGAAUUUGAAAAGGGAGAAUGUGUAGAUGCUUGGCAGGCAGACUGACUGACCCAUAACCAGCCCCAUGCUGUUAAGUUUUUUAUUUUUACUGUGUUCUUCUGUAACAUGAUAGGCUGGUUUGGAAAGGUUUAGAAGAUCAUUUGAAAGGGUUGUCAAGUAUGUCAACUGCACAUGUCUAAAUUUUGUUUGCGGAAAGUUCUUGGUCUUUCCUCUGCCACCGUUAAAUUUCAACCAUUUUAAACAAUUGACUUAAAUUUUCCAUGUAAUAGUUAAAUGCUGUCAUUACGGAAGAAUUUGAUAGGAAAGAUUUAUCCACUCAUUAGAGUGCAUCUUCACAGUUUUUAAGAGGAAGUCCUGAAUCUCAAACAGAAUCAGAUUUGCCUUUGGGGGCGGCAGUGUAACUUUUUUUCUUUGUUUUAUUGUUUGCUCGUUUUAGGCUGUUUUUGUUUGCAAAACAGAUGUGUGCGUGGCUCUUGUUGGCAGUAUGUAGAUGGUAAAGACAGACUGAAAUGUACUGAUUCAGCACUUGUUGCCUCUCAGCUUGUGUAUUAUAGUGGGAUUGUAGUGUGUGUGUGUGUGCGGGUGUUUGUGUGUGUCUGCACAGCCAUAGAGGUUUUCCCACGACUGCUGGUCAGGGACCAGUCUCACCCUACUAGAAUCCAAACAUGACCCACAACAAAAACAAAGUCAAUACUGGUUUCUGAUCAGCAGCCCGACCUCUCUCUGGGCCCUCGCUGUAAAGGGAGAGCUCAGAGUGCUUAUUCAGAUGGGAAUUUUGCUUAAUGCCAGUGUCAUAUACACCUAAACAUGAACCGACAUGACGCAACAAAACAAGGUACUGUUGAACAAUUAACUCAACAUAAAUAAAUGCUU